AUGUCUCAAGACACCAUUAGUCUCUUGAUUCCGGAUAUAAGUAUUGAAACGCUAUGUCUGUCUAGCUCCAGUGGCCGUGAAAGUGAUCUUAUAGACUUAAAGAAAUCUGAUGAUCAAUAUAAAGUAGGAGAACAUAUUCUCGAAAAGUAUUUCAAUGUCAAAGUUUCGCUCAACAGAAAGAAACUCUGCCCAAGAAUACCUAAUAGGCUCGAAUAUAUAAAGAUAUGUGAAAAGCUAACAGCAGAUCUGGAAUAUUUUGGGGGAAAUUGGAUUUUGGAUAUUGGUACAGGCUCGUCUGUUAUUUACCCAAUACUUGGAGUACGAAUUAAUCCAAGUCGCAAAUAUGUUGCAACGGAAAUAGAUUCAGAGUCUAUUAAAGAUGCAUUAAAAAUUAUUAAUGAUAAUCAUCUUGAUGAACAGAUAACUAUUGUUGAGUCUGAGGAUCAAGUACUUAUUCCUACAAGUACAAUUUUAAGCAAAAUUGAUAAAGAUAAAAUUCGCUAUACCAUUUGCAAUCCGCCUUUUUACAAGGACAAAAAGGAUUUUGCCGAACGUCUGAGAUUGAAGCGUAGAAAACUCGAUGAAUUGGUUAUUUCAGACUCCGAGCUAUUUACUACAGGUGGAGAGUUGAAUUUCAUUUUACGUAUAAUCAAAGAAAGCAUUGAAGUUUCUAGAAUUUACAAUUUUAGAGAAACGUGGUUUACAUCCCAAGUCGGAAUUUAUGAGGAUGUAAAAACAAUUAUGAGCUACUUGAGCUCCUUAUAUGUAGAAGGAAAACUAAAGUCAUAUUUCGUUGAGGACAUUCCUUUUUAUACGAAAAGAUGGGUCAUUGCAUGGAAUUUUUCUUCCUGGCACCCGAUGCCCUUACGUAUGGAAAAACUGGCUUUGAACAAGAAUGAAAUUGUUCACUGUUAUAUUGAAAAUAAACUUGACUUGAAUGAAAUUCACAGUGUCCUUCUAAAGGUCUCUUCAUCGUUCAAACACCCUAAAUAUGGCUUUCAGCUUCAUUUUAAAAACGGAUGUUUAUAUUAUCUUACAAACGAAACAGUUUGGAGUCGACAAACGAAGCGAGCUCUUUUAAAUAACCCAGGAAAGCUCAAGUUUAACAAUAAAUUAAUUGUGAGGUUUUCUACAAAGAAUUCCGCGAUGUUAUAUGGAUUGCAUUCUCAUUUCAUUUCAUUAAUUAACUUUAUAAACAGAAGCCAGGGAUAG